UAUUAGAUCCCUUACAUGCAUCCUACUCAGGGUUACCAAGCUGUGCGUCCAGAACUUGACCUUGUUGAGCAGGAAGAUCAACUAACACAUGAAGUCUCUCUCUCAGAUACAAUAGAUCCAGAAAUUACUUUAGAUAUUUUCAAGCCGGAUCCUAAUUUCCUAGAGAACGAAAGAAAGUAUGAAGAAUUAAAGAAGGCAAUACUUGGUGAAGAAUCUGAGGAAGGAGAUUCUGAUGCGGAAUCAGAGGAUGAAGAUGACAAUGAAGAUGAAGAGUCUGAAGAAGAAGAUGAGGAGCAAAUGCAAAUAAAGGACGAAACAGAGACAAACUUAAUCAACCUUCGGAGAACGAUCUACUUUACUAUUAUGUCUAGCGUUGACUUUGAAGAAGCAGGGCAUAAGCUGUUGAAAAUCAAACUAGAGCCUGGUCAGGAG